AUGCUUAUUUCAAGCACGCAAGCAUGCUUCAACCGAGCACUUGCUACUUACAAGCACUUUCGCAGCAGGAGCAAGCGCGCCGAUUUCGCGCCAAAAAUAUCUCGCUGGGGCGACGAGAAGACUUUGAAAUUUGUCAUUCUUUAUCGGAACAACGAAUGCUUAUGGAAUCCUCGCUCACCACAAUAUAAAAACAAUGUUUCGAGAAAUAAUGCAUACCAGGAUUUAAUAAGCAACAUGGACGACCCCACUUUAACUCUGAAAACUAUAAAAACCAAAAUAAAAAACUUGAGGUCUGCUUACCAUACUGAAUUAAAGAAAAUUGAAAGUUCUAAAAGAUCAGGUUCUGGUACCGCUACCGUAUACAAUCCAUCCGCAACCUGGUUUCACGAACUACAUGCGUUCCUUCGAGACAGUGGCGAGUACAGGGAACCUAUUUCUAUGGAAGUGAUACAGAAUGCAGAAGAUACAUCGCAGGAUUCACAACCUGAUGUUUCAUAUCCUAACUCAUCAACGCCGCAGUCGGUGACUCUGUCGUCACCCUCCCCGAGUGCAACAGUUGAUAAUAGACCACAAUCACGUUCAUCUAAUAGCUCAUCAACACGAAGCAGAAAAAGAAGAUUACAAGAAGAACCGAUAAGCUACGCACUCGAUCGUUUGGAAAAUAUUAGUGCUGCUAUUAAUGCAAAUAACAAUGAGUAUGAUGAAUUUCAUUAUUUUGCUCAAAAUGUUGCAGCGCAAUUGCGAACCUUACCAUUGUACGAGGCAUUAGACAUACAAAAUGAGAUCCAAUUAAUUCUGACUGCAGCAAGACGUCGACACCAUUACCAAAAUACACAAACGAUAACGUUCAUACCUCCUACUGGAAAUACACAAACAAUGAUUUCCACACCCCCUACUAUAGACACAAAUAAAUUCACUUACGUACUUGUAAUUAAUUCACUUAUGUAA